AUGUCGCGCAAAUACCUUCAGAUCAAUCAAGUUGACCUCGACACGGAUGGUUGGACAGUGAUUAUUCAAGUGGUAGAAAAAGGCCAUGUUCAAUUUGGUCGUACAGGAAAAAAAGUACCUUAUCGAAGAUAUGUUUUCACGGAUUCACAGGGAACCAUUGUUGGCGCAACUGCUUAUGGAAGUCAGGUCGAAUUCUGGGAAGACCGAAUUAUACAAUACAAAAGGUACUAUGUAUCAGGAGCAAGGGUACAACCAGCAAAUCCUCAAUUUCAAAUCAGCGAGUAUGCUUUCACAUGGAGUCUACAAAAAGGCACACUGGUUGAACCAUUUCCAGAGAAAUUGCCGCCACAACUACCAUGCAAGAUACAGUUACAAGAAUAUGCUAAACUGAGAGCAUUUGCAGAGACAGAUCACCUACAAAAUGUCAUCGGUGUUGUUGUUCAUGCAUUGCCACCAAAAAAUCUUUCGGCAAAGUCAACCACGAAAGAGCUGAUCAUCGUUAAUGCAGAGAACAAACCGAUGAUUUUAACAUUAUGGAAUGAAUUCGCAAAAGAAGAAGGUGCCCAAUUGGCAAGUACGCUGCCCACGGGUAAUAUUAUUGUUGCAAUGCGGGUCAGGGUAACAACUUUUAAUCUGUUGUCAGUCACAACAACUUACCAGAGCAACAUAAUGAUCAAUCCUCCGAUGGCAGAGGCUGCUACUCUAAAACAAUGGUAUCUUAAACACAAGGAUGAAGUCAGCCAUCUACUGGAAUUAAAGGUGUACAAAGACCCGGAGUUCCUCUUACCGCCACCAAAUGAGUCGGAGAUUAUCUCAGUUCAAACAGCAUUGAAAAAUUUGCACAUUUUGAAAACUGCCUGGAUUCGAGGGACAGCAGUGCUUACACAUGGUCAAACAUCUUAUUGGACCACUGUCUGCCAAACUUGUAAAAAAGCAUUACGUGCUCAAGUUGGUUGGAUAAUAACAUGUACUAAGUGCAACACAGAGGGACCAGUCGAGCCUUGGUGCAGAUUCACUUUGGGGAUUGAAGACAACAGUGGCCUUAUACAAGCUGUCAUUAGUGGACCCGAGGCAGAGCAAUUGCUUCCAAUGACAGCAGCACAAAUGAGCUUAAACAAAAACCAUCUUCAAACGGCCAUGGAGGUUGAAGCAAACUUUGAAAAAAAACACAUCACUUGCUUCAUAAGGCACUACAUUCCCGAUUACCAAGACGGAGAUGAGUCUGGCUAUGCAGUUGUUGUUGUUUAUAUAAACGAGGAAAACAUUGAACCAGAAAUACCUGUAGAUGAGACAGCUACUCUUGUGCACCAACAAGCACUGGGAAAACAGGUACUUGUGGAAGAACAAUUAACCCCAACAGCACACAAACUACUCGCCUCAAUGCUGGACACCCCAUCGCCGGCUGCACCUGAAAAAGGAAAAAGGACAGCCACCGUCGCAGUCGUGCAGUGCCACCUUUGGAGAGCUUUUGCCCACCAGACGCGGCAAAACGUGGUCGGCGACAUCACCUCCUUCGUAGAAAGGGUCGCCUGGUUGAGGAGGGUCCGACGUCCAUUGCAGACAGGAACUGUUGCCAAGCUCAGUGCGCCUGAAAAUUCACCGCCGCCUCCGACCGAAAAGGUCGUCGCUUCCUUCGCCGCCGUCUCUCCGUUAAGUGGACCAGCGAAACGAAACAUAAUGGAUUGGCAAUGGACCUUGGAUUUUGGAUUGGAUAUAGGGACUUUAAACUAA